ACCUGCCAUAAUGGGCGAUUGCCACCUGCAGAUCAAGCACCUAGAUAGCCUCAUCUCUCACUUCUCAUCUUCUAGCUAGCACGAAUAUUAUCAGUUUACUAGUGAUCUUUCAAUUAUCAAUAUUGUUGACAAGUACUGCCUACCUGCAGUACACCCAUAGCAUACGAAGCAUCGGAUACACAACAGUGCCUACCAAUCGAGACCUUUGUCUCAAGCCAUUUCCCCCUCUGAUAGAUCGAUGGCCGACAACAACUCGCCAGAUUACAAGGCGCUCUUUCUGCAGGCCGAACAGAGGCGCAAGCAGGAAGAAGAGAGGCGCAAGCAGGCCGAAGAGCGACAGAAGCAGGCCGAAGAUGAAGGCAGACAGGAAAUAGAGAGACGAGAGCAACUUCAAGAGCUUAGUCGACCGACCACUUUCGAGGAAUUCUUGCGUCAUUCCCAUAACCUGCUCUCCCGACCGCUGAGAGUGGAGACACCCUCUCGCUCGACCACCGGGAAGAUACCCCUUCCCACGGGGAAAUAUUGCCCAAAACGGUUGGAAUAUUGGGCCGACUGCUCGGCACUACAGUCGGAGCUUUACAGGUCCGCCUACAGCUACCUUCAGUUGACACCCGGGGGGGCGCCUCAUUUGUUCUUAUCUUUGCAUGAACUAGAAGGAUUAGGCCGACGACUUUGUCGGAAGCCUAUGAGCAGCGAGAAAGAACUUGAGGCCUAUGAGCGAUUCGCCGUGGAAGAGCAUGUCCACGACAUCAUUACCGAGUUGUGCAGAUUACCCGCUGCUCGCGACGAGUUCGGCCUCGGCGAUGGAAUCCAGUUCAGCAGUCAUACGAAUUCCUUAGACGAGAACGAGGCUCUUGAAGCGGAUGCAAGCCAAGCAUCAAGUGUCCCCUACCCAAGACCUGAUCAGUUCUGUAUUCAUCGUGUCGACGGCAACACUACCACUCUCCUCACCUCUGUCGAGUAUAAGCCGCCUCACAAACUUUCUGUCGCCACCCUUCGUAUGGGGCUCCGACCAAUGGAGUUAUGGAAGGAUAUGGUCAGAUCAAACAAAAUACCCACAGACCAGGCAGCGAAGCUGAGGUAUAAUGCAGAGCGACUUGUCUGCUCCGCCCUUGCCCAGGAGUAUCAUGUUAUGAUCCAAGAAGGGCUCGAGUACUCCUACGUGACCAACGGGCUUGCUCGGGUCCUUCUCCGUGUUCCACAUGAUGAUCCCAGCACGCUUUAUUACUUCUUAUGUGAUUCUAACGGCGAGUUGAACACAGAAGUUGAAGAUAGUUUCCAGCUACCGAAGACUUCUGUUGCAAGAACGCUAUGUCUGUGUUUGAUGGCCUUUCGCUCAACUGUGCGUGGCCAGGAAUGGCGAAAUGCCAUACGACCGGAGCUUCCUCUUUGGACGACUAGUUUUCACCACACUCGUUCUCAGAUUCCCCAAGCAGAAAUGCCACAGACCCUUCCGAACUCCGAUAGUACAACACUGCAGUACACAAGUCCGGAGUCUGGUUCAUCUUAUGAACCGCCGUCAUCUCCGCCAGAUUCUCCAACAGCAACAGGUCGCAGGGUGCCCACAAGGUCUCAGGCCAGCUGUGCGCCGUCAGGUGUACGGCAUCGCUCACAGUCGUCACAAUCACCCGACCCCGAUUCGAAUCCAGCAACACGCCGUAAGCGAACCUUCAGUCAAGUUUCGUCUUCUCCAUCUGCCCAACGCGUGGCUCGACAAAGAGACACAAAUGAUGCUGAAGGCCGAGAUAGCCAGUCCCGCCACCGCGAUGCACAAUUUUGCACCCAGCGAUGUUUACUCGGGCUGCAGUCUGGCGGUCUUCUAGACGACCGUUGUCCAAACGUGAUGCUCCAUCGUCGAAGCAAAGACGAUCUGCAGCAUCCGAUUACCUCGGAAGAUUUGGUGCGUUUACUCAAGGCACAAUUGGACGAAAAUAUCGACAGAUGCACACCCCUUGGAGGUUGCGGGGCGUACGGUGCGCCGUUCAAACUUACUUGUUGCAUACAUGGCUACACUGUCGUCGGGAAAGGAACCACAUCGGGACUGUGGAAAGAAGUCGCUCGCGAAGCGGAGGUAUACCGAAUUCUGCAGAAGGCGCAAGGGUCUGCUGUGCCUGUUUUCCUAGGUACGAUCGACUUGGCGAAAAUUUAUUUUCUUCACGGAGCUGGAGAGAUUCGCCAUAUGCUCGUGAUGGGCUGGGGGGGAGACAGUACGGCAUCGAUGGAGCUAACACCGGAGCUUCUCCGGGAUAUUCACAAGUCAAACAAGGAAAUAAGAGCUUUGGGGAUCAUCCACGAGGACCUUCGGCGUGAUAAUGUCCUGUGGAAUAAAGAGCUUGGGCGGGCGCUAAUAAUUGACUUUCACCGCUCCACAUUGAAACGUCGGCCAACCUCAAAGCGAUCACGAGCCGUAAAACGACGACUAUGCCAACCAGAAAUAGGAGAUCCAACACAUGGAGAUGUGACGUGAAGCAGUGUUGGAAUAUUUAUUGCAUUUGCAGUAAUCGUAAUCAUUGGAACCGCGACAGGCCGUCUGAUUUGGACUAGCGGGGCACGGGGGCGAAGGAACUAUCCCGUUGUAGGUGACUGUAUCUAUUUAGAUAGGCCCAGCUGCAGCACAUCACCUAGAGAAGGCAUUUUUCGCUCGUCAGGUUUAGCGUCCUGACCUCUGAUUGAUAUGCCGUUGAC